UUACAUAUUUUAAGUGUCUACGUUAAUUACAUUCGUUAUUAUUUCGAUCCCUUGUUUAACAGCAUCUCUAAUUGGCGGGAAACGAACCAGACCGGCAGCACAGGUCGCUCUCUUUCCUUUCGAGCUGUCAAAGCGCCGAAGACGUGUGUGCGUGUUAUAUUCAGCUGCAUUUGUUUAAAAAAGUGGAAUAACAUUUAACAAAACCAUGACUUCGCAUCCGGUUUUCAUAGACCUGUCCCUGGACGAGCAGGUUCAAGAGCUGCGCAAGUAUUUCAAGAAGCUGGGAGCCGAAAUCUCAUCGGAGAAAUCCAAUAAAGGUGUGGAGGAUGAUUUGCACAAGAUUAUCGGCGUUUGCGACGUUUGCUUUAAGGAUGGUGAGCCCUCGCAGAUUGACGGCAUUCUGAACAGCAUUGUAUCCAUCAUGAUCACGAUACCCCUGGAUCGCGGUGAGAACAUUGUGCUGGCCUACUGCGAGAAGAUGACCAAGGCUCCCAAUCUUCCCCUGGGCAAGGUGUGCCUCCAGUCGUUGUGGCGUCUGUUCAACAACCUGGACACCGCUUCUCCCUUGCGCUACCAUGUGUACUACCACCUGGUUCAGGUGGCCAAGCAGUGCGAACAGGUGCUGGAGGUCUUCACAGGAGUGGAUCAGCUGAAGUCCCAGUUUGCCAACUGCCCACCUUCGUCGGAACAGAUGCAGAAGCUGUACCGCCUUCUGCACGACGUGACCAAGGACACCAACCUAGAGCUGUCUUCCAAGGUUAUGAUCGAGCUGCUGGGCACCUACACGGCGGACAAUGCUUGUGUUGCCCGUGAGGAUGCCAUGAAGUGCAUUGUGACUGCCUUGGCCGAUCCCAAUACAUUCCUGCUGGAUCCUCUGCUGGCGCUGAAGCCUGUGCGCUUUUUGGAGGGCGACCUCAUCCACGACCUGCUGUCCAUCUUCGUGUCGGAGAAGCUGCCGGCGUACGUGCAGUUCUAUGAGGAUCACAGGGAGUUCGUCAACUCCCAGGGAUUAAACCAUGAGCAGAACAUGAAGAAGAUGCGUCUGCUGACCUUCAUGCAGCUGGCCGAAAGCAGCCCGGAGAUGACAUUCGAAACGCUGACCAAGGAGCUGCAGAUCAACGAAGACGAGGUUGAGCCCUUCGUUAUCGAGGUGCUGAAAACAAAGCUGGUACGCGCACGUCUGGAUCAGGCCAACCACAAGGUCCACAUUACAUCCACAAUGCACCGAACCUUCGGAGCACCACAGUGGGAGCAGCUCCGCGAUCUGCUGCAGGCAUGGAAGGAGAACCUCAGCACAGUGCGCGAGGGCCUAACGAGCGUCUCCUCGGCGCAAGUGGACUUGGCUCGCUCCCAGAAGCUGAUACACUAGGCGAACUACUUCCGAAAACUGCACUGAUGAUGAACAAAUGCUGGCCUCGGGGCAAUGGAGUUACGACCUAAAUUAUUUUCAAGAAUGAGAGGGCUGGAUAACUUGAAUAAAUUUAUAAGUAAAAUCGGUA